AUGCUGCAUCCAAUUCUUGAUAUUAACGAUUUCAACGUCGGCGCAACCUUUGCCGGUCUCUUUCUGCUCGGGUUCGGCCUGCUCUCCUUGAAAAUAAAGCAAAGAUGGUACCUGGGGGAAGCCUUGCCUGCUUUCGCGAUUGGGGUUCUUCUAGGUCCUGCUACAACCAACUUGGUCAACGUGAGUCGAUGGACAGAUGGUGCCGAUGGUGAGGAUGUUGGAAGUAUCACAUAUGCAUUGGCACGACUUGUGCUUGGUAUCCAAAUGAUCAAAGUCGGCUAUGAACUGCCCAAGCGAUAUCUUCGCCUUCGCCUUGUCGAACUCACAAUUUGCUUGUUACCCUUGAUGGCCCUUCAGUGGGUGGCUACAUCCACUUGUAUCAAGUUGAUGAUACCCCAUUUGUCUUUUGGGAAAAAAUCCCCCCUCUCCCCCUUCCAGUUGACAGCAAGCAUCAUCGGAUCAUGCGUCAUCUGUAUAGAUCCCGUGCUGUCGCAGGCGAUCGCAAAGGGACCAUUUGCCGACAAGUACGUCCGACGCCAUCUUCGCGAGUUUAUUUCGGCCGAAGCGGGCGGGAAUGAUGGGUUUGGAUUUCCAUUUCUCAUGCUUGCGAUUGCACUGCUACGCUACGACGAUGCCCCGAUUGACAGCAAGACAUAUACCGAUCGUGAUUGGAUCGGUGAGACCGACACUGGUCGGGUAGGGGGCGAUGUCAGCCGAGCACUUGCACACUGGGCCGUGGAAGGGGUUCUAUACAUGAUCAUGAUGGCAUCUGGAUAUGGUCUAUUCGUGGGAUUUGUCGGUCGGAAAGGCUUGAAUCUGGCUUCGAGCAGGAAAUGGGUCGACAAGGAGAGCUUUACCUUGUUUCCGCUGGCGAUCGGGUUGUUCGUGGUGGGCACCUGUGGCUGUUUUGGCACCGACGAAACGCUUGCCUGCUUCAUCGCCGGUUGUGCCUUUAACUGGGAUGGGUGGUAUCAUGCCGAAAUCGAGGCACGUCAUGAUACGUUCAACUGUACACUGGAGACGGCCUUGAAUUUUGGCACCUUUAUCUACCUGGGAGUCGUGAUGCCCUGGGAUCAACUGCACCUGCCCAACACGACUGGCAUCACGGUCGCAAGAUUAUUGGGUCUCGGUGUCGUUAUUCUCAUUUUUCGCCGGAUUCCGGCCAUCUUAUUCUGCUAUCGGUUCAUGCCGCGUGUUUGCCACGAUUGGAAGGAAGCUAUUUUUAUGGGCUAUUUUGCGCCGAUUGGCAUCGGGGCUAUUGCCUAUGUCGAAUACGCUCGGGAACUGCUGCCAGACGCGGGAGCCAGCGAUGCGGAAAUCAAUUCCUUGACCGCGGCCAUGAUUCCAGUGGUAUACUGGCUGGUGUUCUUCUCGAUCGUGACACACGGACUGUCCGUCCCCAUUCUGUACGCGGUCUAUCGAUGGCGACAGGUUCCCAUGGUCCACGAUCAUCCGGUCGAGAUUCUUUUGCUGACGAAUAAUGAGCCUGCACCCAACAAUAGUGUGGUGGACCGACAGGCCCACCACAUCACGGUCAACAAUCGCUUUUCUUGUCUUUCGGACCCGGUCGAGGGUAUGGAUGUUGGCGUUCAUCGCCGACGAGAGUCAGAUUCCACCACCAUGAUCUUGGAACCCUGCAGCUGUGAUCCAGAUGGCGACGAAUCACUCUCAACAAAGAAAUCGGCUAGCGCCGCGCAAGCCGCAGCGAGGGAGAGGGCCAUGGUUUGA